AUGCCAGAAAAGCCAAGAGAUGAUUCAGCCAAAGUGCCGAAGGAGAACACGUCGCGUUCUGCAGGUAACAGCAAACCUGUGGCUCAAAAUGGAGCAGGGAGAUCUCCCACUUCUGACCGGAGCGACACGAGCUUCAUGAGCAAAACAGAUCCCACAACGAGCAGGGAUAUGGAGCCCCCUAACCGAAAGGAGAAACAUUAG